GUUUACACAUAACAUGCAUAGGCAUGGGAUACGUGGCAACGAUGACCCGUCUCUGCCAUUUGUCUCUGCGAUGGUGUCCUCAGGUCCGGGAUUUUGGACUCCAGACCCUGUGUUCUAUGCGCUCAUUGAAAAGCCUGUCCAUCGCUGGGUGUCCGCAGUUGACAAUCGGCGGUCUCUCGUGUUUAGUACAAAUGCAAACAUUACAGGAACUCGAGUUGACUAACUGUCCGGCGGCUACUAAAGAGCUCAUCAACUAUUUGAGAGACAAUUUGCCACAUCAUUGCUCCAUCACUUUGUAACAAAAUAAGAUUGGUGGUUUAUGUGCGAUAUUUAACUAUCACUAGUCAAACAUCAUGAUAC